UAUUGCCAUAUAUGCCCAACUAGCUCCCAUCCCAUGAACCGCCAUCCGCUAUAUAUUUUCAGGUAAUGAAAAUUACUACUGUACUAAUCAAGAAAGGGCCGGCAUUAGCUAGUAUGUAUGCAUGUAGCUAGCUAGCACUUCUUCUUAGUACGCUAGCUGUUGUCAACACAAUUGAUCCUCUUUCUUCUUCGGCCAUAGAAAUGAAGAUGAACUCAUUAGUAGGCUGCUGCUACUGCACUAGACUACUGCAGCUUCCGCUCCUCUUUCUUCUUCUCCUCCAAACCCAAACUAAUAAUUUCUUCUUCACUCAUGCAUGUCCUCACUGCCCCCAGCCCAAGCCUAAGCCACCGCCGCGUGCGCAUCCUAAGCCACCCCCUUGUCCACCCAAGUCUCCCGCCCCACAUAUACCACCCAAGCCUCCCGCCCCACAUUAUCCACCCAAGCCUCCCCUCAUAAAGCCGCCACAUUAUCCGCCCAAGCCUCCUGCCGUAAAACCUCCGUACGUAGUACCCAGCCCGCCGCCUCCACCUCCUCCUCAGCUUCAGCCUCCUGCCGUAAAACCUCCGUACGUGCCCAGCCCGCCACCACCGGUCGUGGUUACGCCGCCUCCACCACCACCUCAGAUUCCGCCGCCGGUCUCACCGCCACCGUACGUGGUAGUACCGAGCCCGCCGCCGCCGGUUGAAAAGCCGUGUCCUCCUCCGCCGCCGCCGCAACCGACAUGCCCGGUGGGCGGUUUGAAGCUGGACGCGUGCGUGGACUUGCUGGGAGGACUUGUCCACAUCGGAAUAGGGGAGAGCGCAAAGGAGACGUGCUGCCCAGUGCUAGGGGGGCUGGCGGGGUUGGACGCAGGGAUAUGCCUAUGCACCACCAUUAGAGCCAAGCUGUUGGACAUAAACCUCAUCCUCCCCAUUGCCCUUCGCCUCCUCAUCGACGACUGUGGCAAGAUUCCUCCCGAGGGUUUCCACUGCCCUGCUACCUAGCCGCCCGCCCAGCUGCUGCUUUCCACGCCGGCCAUAUUAAUUAAUUAAGCACCGCGCAAUUAAUUAAUAAUAAUAAUACGUAGUCCUUUUCAAUUCAUACGCCCACUCUUCGAAUCGCCCUGUACGUUUUUUUAUAUGUUUACUACAAAAUGAAUCAGUCCGACCGAGACUAUGUUAGAUCGCGCUUACGUUGUUGUUUUGUACGAGGUACCUUCUCUGAUUAAUUGUUUGCCUUUAAUUAUAUCACUCCAGCUUAUUAAGUUCUUCGAGUGCUCCCUCCCUUCAACAUUACUUAGCUUGCUUAUUGUUACUAUUUCGCUUCGAGAUUACUUAUAGCAGAUAUUUGCUUAUUCCU